ACAAAGGGCUGGGGUUUGGGGUCGGGUUUGUGGGCGUCUGUGCAUUGGUUGGGAACUCACGGGCUCGGAGUCCUUGCAUCUUAUUAUUUAUUUUUUUUAAAUCUCCUCUCCUUUUCACCUUCUUAUUUCCUGCGGGAUUAUCUUUGAGGGGAAAACCAUGGUUAUCAAGGUCUUCAUUGCAAACCGGUCCGGGUCCACCGCGAUUAAAAAGAAACAACAGGAUGUUCUCGGUUUCUUAGAAGCCAAUAAAAUUGAUUUUAAAGAAAUGGAUAUAGCAGCACAUGAGGAAAACCGAAAAUGGAUGCGGGAGAAUGUUCCCGGGGAAAAACGCCCUCAGAAUGGUAUUCCUCUUCCUCCACAGAUCUUUAAUGAUGAACAGUAUUGUGGGGACUUUGAGAGUUUCUUCAAUGCCAAAGAGGAUAAUGGAGUUUAUGCAUUUCUUGGUCUGACGCCACCUCCUGGUUCAAAGGAAGCUCAUCAGGCUGCAAUCAUCCAGAAUGGUGAAAUUCCAGAAAAUAAAGAAAUCCUUCACUUGCGUAGAGCCAGCGAAGAUCAGCUUGGAGAAAAUAAUGAAAUGUUGCAUAAUCACUAUGAACAGUCAACAGAUAUAAAUGAAAACAUUGGUGAGAACAAAACUGCAAAGGAUGAGGAGCCUCCUCACCAAAUGGUUGAUCUAGAAGAUGCUGAGGGAGAAUCUCGCAAACCUGAGUCUCCUCCUGAUGGUGAACCUGUGGAAAAAGAGGACAAGGAGGAAGAGGAGCCAGUUACAGAGGAUGAAGAAGAACACCCUGUAACUGAGGACGAGGAAGAUGAAGAACCAGUGACUGAGGAUGAGGAGGAAGUGGAUGAAUCUUAAAAAAAUAUUUUUCCUUUUAUGUGAUUUCAUCUGCAAGGGUUUAAGGAAGCAGAGGCCCUUGCAGAACGAGUGUAGGGACUUGACCCAGGAACAUUGGACCACCCAUGGUGAUCUCAGAAAACAUGUUGGCACUGCCCCCCAAAACAUUUCUUCAAUUGAAAGCAUGGAUUUCUACAGAGGCGUAGCCUUCAAACCUCCACCCCCUUUUGCAAAUAUUGAGCCGCAGCCAAUCUUUCCCUUCCAUUUUGUAGAUGAUUUGGAUUCAAUGGACUUUGCAGAAGCAAAACUUUUUUUUUUUUUGGAAGUUAAUGUGAGCAGUCCCAUUUCUAGGGCAUGAUUAAACUCUGCUUUUUAUUCUGAAAAUUUCCUCCUUGGGGAUGCCAGUUAGAGCCUUAACUCAAAGCUUGCCUUCAAAGAGGAACUGCCAAUUGCUGCAAAACUGUUUUUGUCAUCUUAAUUAUGCCAGGUUGCCUAUUUUCCUCUUUUUUUGCCAGUGUUCCUUUCGCUGAAAUCAAUUGCUGUGAAUGAUGGAAAGAGUAAUUACUGAUAAAUGAUGCAAUUAAUUUUUUUUUAUAAAAUCACUCUUUCAUGAUUUA